CAAAUAUAUAUAUGGUCUCGAAUCACAACACCACCCCCAACCCAAGGCCCCAAACGCACCACACGGUACGAGCACCUAGCCUGCAGAAGUGCAGACAGCAGAGUAGGAGAUGGCCGGAGGAGUCGCCGACGAAGUGAAGCUGCUGGGCCAUUGGGGAAGCCCGUUCGUGACCAGGGUGAAGCUGGCGUUCCACCUCAAGGGCGUGAGCUACGAGUACGCGGAGGAGGAUCUCCACAACAAGAGCGAGCUCCUCCUGCGGUCCAACCCCGUGCACAAGGCCGUCCCGGUGCUCAUCCACAACGGCCGGCCCAUCUGCGAGUCGCAGGUCAUCCUGCAGUACAUCGACGAGACCUUCGACGGCAAUCUCCUCCUCCCCGCCGACCCCCACGAGCGCGCCGUAGCCCGGUUCUGGGCCGCCUACAUCGACAACGAGAUGGGCGCGCCGUGGGAGAAGGCGUACAGGGCCAGGACCGCGGAGGAGAGAGCCGAGUGGAUGAAGCAGAUCGUGGCAGCCGUUGACGCUCUGGAGGGGGGCCUCAGGGAGUGCUCCAAGGGGAAGGGCGGCUUCUUCUUCUUCGGCGGCGGCGGCGUCGGGUACGUCGACGUCGUGCUGGGCAGCCUGGUGCCGUACGUGCACGCGGCCGUGGUGCUCUCUGGUGACAGGCUCUUCGACGCCGGCAGGACGCCGCUGCUGGCGGCGUGGUUGGAGCGCUUCGGCGAGCUCGACCUCGCCAAGGCGGUCCUGCAGGAUGUCGACAAGGUGGUGGAGUACUCCAGGGCGAUAUAUGCCCGGAACGCCGCCGGAGUUACCAGCUGAUGAACCGGCAUGGCCAGUUUUAUGUCCUGUGCAAUAAUAAUGUAGCAGGGGUACACAACUACACACAUAUGUUUGGAAUUAUCAAGCUACUAGCUCGGAAAGAUGAAUUAUUUUUGCUUCAGAUGAAUCAGAUGUACACACUCUUUCUUUUUUUUGAAACUACAGAUGUACACACUCGCAGAGGCCGGGGUUUUUUCCUCUUCGAAAAAAAAAAAGAUGUACACACUCUGUACUGCACAAUGCACAUACACAAUGUUCAGAUGUAUACUGUCCAGUGCAGGUACAGAUUACAACAGAAGUGUGAACAUGGGCAGUAUUUUGA